AAACCUCAGCAGAGGUCAGCAUGGAGAGGUUCUUUGAGUCUGCACUUGCUGGGUAUGAGUUUUUAGGUUGUGCCUAGGUCUUAUUGCAGUCCAGGCCCCCUCUUACUGCCUCCGCAAUGCCACCUGCUGUAUUGACUGAUACGAUGGUGUGUACAGGCUGCUGUGCGACCCUUGACCACAUUGUCACAUACCUCUUCAAAAUUUUACACCAAAAGAGCAAAAAAGGCACAGUAGACCUGGAGACUGAUGCCCUGGUUAAGGUCAUGAAACACCAGCCAUCCAUCCUCCAACAGAUGUUAGCCACGGUUCUCAACAUCAUCAUGUUUGAAGAUUGUAGAAACCAGUGGAGUAUGUCCCGUCCACUUCUGCCACUAAUCUUAUUAAAUAAUGAGUAUUUUGGCCAGCUGAGACAACAGAUUAUCAGUCAACAAGCACCAGACAAACAAGGGGCGAUGGCACAGUGGUUUGACAGCCUUAUGGAGGGGAUUGAGCCAAAUCUUCUCACAAAAAAUAGAGAUAAAUUCACACAAAAUUUGUCAGUUUUCCGUCGUGACAUAAAUGACUCCCUGAAGGGACCAGUUACUAGUAGUGGUGGAAGUAGUGGGAGUGAAAUGAUGACAUCGUGACGUCAACACUACCACCAAAACGGUCUCAACUGCAACCCCUCCCAUAACACCUACCACCACCACCGUCGCCGCUGCUAUUCUCUCUCCACCACGGCCACAUUUACAGAUUCUGCAAUGACUAACACGACCAUUAAUGUUGUUGCAGAUUCCAAUAGCAAUCAUUAUGCUAAUAUGUGGUUGACAUAGUUACGACAUUAUGGAGUCACUUUGCCAAUUUUGAAUCAUAUUUUGUAAUUAGGGAAGUUUUGCAAAUGAAAGGUUACUUUUUUGUACAGAAAUGACAAAUGGGACCUGACAAAACUAUAGUAGCAUUAUGUGUUUUUCUUAAUUUAGAAUCAUCACAGUCUCACCAAAGGAAUCAUGUAAUGUCUGUCCAUGGUAGAAAGUGUGUUAAUAUCCAUGUGCAUCCUGACCUGAGCAAACAUACUGUGCCUCCCAGUUCUUCAUAAGGAAGAAUUUAGCAAAUGGUCUUGUACUCAGUAAUCUAUACUAAAUUUCCAGGUGUAAUGAAUGUACACUUUCUCAUCACUUGCCUGUGGAUAUGAUUUGAGUCAUCUCUCUAUCUUAAUGAUUUACGAGUGAUAUGCUUAGACAUCUUGUGAGUGAGAUAUGUAAAGUUAGCUGUAGGAAAAUUUACCUCCUUUGUAAAGUGAUGCCUUCAUAGGAGACUUGUUUUGUUAGGUCACUUAAGUCGUGAGAUAUGUGAGCAACAUUUUGGUUAUACAAGCCAUACCAUCAGGGAAAGGAUGCAUUCAGAGGAAAAGUUUUAUUCAUUCUUAUUUUGUUAAUUUUGGAUGUUUUAAGAGCAUAAUUUAAUGAUUGGUUAUGUUUUAACAACUUUGAUAAUGUGUUUGUACAAGCAGAAACAGAUGUCAGGAGGUGGUACAUUAAGUUUGCCUUCAUUUUUAACUUGAAGUGGUAUGUGAAUACUCAGUCACUAUGAAAUGAUGUUAUGGAAGUAUUUCUAUGGUAAAAUGGACGUGUUUGACAACAUCAAGCUGGUUAGUGUUGCUUAAAAUAUAGAAUUGACAUAUUUUAGCCAGUUCACACAUCUCAUACAACAUCAGUACCCGUGUUUCACAAUAUUCAUCUUGUCAUUAGAAAAAUACACAUAUGUUCAAACUUGUAAAUUUGAUUUUAUGUACAUAAUUAAGAGAAAUUGUGCUAAGAGUUCUCUUUUUACAUUGCUAGAAGUUAUUUGCAAGUUUGUGUAUACCUCAUUCACAAACUCUCUUGACCAGAUAUGCAAGAUAUGUCUCAGUAAGAAAAUAGAGGUUUGCACUUUGCCAGGUCUUUCAAAUUGAAUGUGAGCCUCUUUAUAUACAAGGAGUGCAAAUGUAAGUACAGUACCUAUCAGACAGUAUAAUAUGCCCCCCAACCCAUAUGUACUGUAGGAGACUUGUACAAUGUUUCUGUGAUGGAAUGACAUAUUGUUUAAAUAAAAGAAUAAAGUUU